UUGUUUUGGUAAAUUGUCUUAGAAUCUGAGUUACGUUAACUCAGCUGUAAGUUACCUUCUUGGUUUUCAGUGAGAAUUGGGAGACAUGGGUAAUCAUCUUGCUGCAACAGCUCCUUCUCAGAUAUUGAGCGUGGAUAGUUAUUUGGGAGAUGCAACGGAUUAUCAAUUCGAUAAAAGCUUGGGAAGUACACGGUUCAUGAAGGUUGCAAGGGUCAAGCAUCAAGAAGGACUUGCUGUUGUCAAAGUUUUUGCAAUUCAUGACCCAAACUUAGAUUUAGAAACUUACAAACAACAUGUUGAAAACAUCAGAAGUAAACUCAAACAUGCAUCUAAUUGUUCUCCAUUUCAAAAUAUCAUGCUCACAGACAAAGCAGCAUUGCUGUUUCGACAAUUUGUCAAACACAAUUUGUAUGAUCGAAUCAGUACAAGGCCUUUCUAUAAUAUGAUUGAACGGAAAUGGGUGGCGUUUCAACUCCUAUGUGCUCUAAAUCAGAUGGCAAAACUUGAAAUGUGCCACGGAGACAUUAAAAGUGAAAAUGUAAUGAUUACAUCGUGGAAUUGGCUGCUUUUAACUGACUUUGCAAGUUACAAACCAACGUACAUUCCUGAUGACAAUCCAGCUGAUUUCAAUUAUUUCUUCGAUACAUCUCGACGUAGAGUAUGUUACAUUGCUCCAGAAAGAUUUGUUGAAAUGUCUCUUGUAACAGAAGAUGCAGCAACUAAAGAAACGCAAGGACUUGAUCAUUCUAUGGAUAUAUUUUCUGCUGGAUGUGUCAUUGCUGAGUUGUUCACAGAUGGGACACCGCCUUUCGAUUUCUCCCAGUUGUUGGCAUUCAGACAAAAGAAGUAUUACCCAACUGCAUGUUUAGCUAAAAUUGACGAUCCUCAUAUCAAAUCACUGGUUGAACACAUGAUUCAGAGAGAUCCACAUAAAAGAUUUACAGCUGAACAGUACUUGACAAAAUGGAAGGGCAAAGCAUUUCCUGUUGAAUUUUAUUCUCAUUUAAAGAAAUACUUGGGUAGAUUCUGCGAACCUCCUUUGUUAUCUGCUGAUCAGACGAUAAAUACAUUACAUAGUGAUCUAUCAACUAUUCUUCAGAACCUAGUCGAAAAGCCUGGAACGUCAGAAUCUCUCAUCAUCGUCGCAACAAUAGCCUUAUCUUGUUUACGCAGACUGAAGUAUUGUAAUUGUAAACUGAGAGCUCUUGGAAUAAUCACUGAAUUUUCCAAAUAUCUUUCUUCAAUUGAUAUUCUGGAAAGAAUUGUUCCAUACUUGAUGGAAUCAAUAGAAGAUAAGAUGCCUCGUGUUCGAGCUGAAGCAUUUCAUGCUCUUGCAAUAUGUACUUCAUAUGUUCAUUACGUACCUCAAGCAGAAGUCAAUAUUUUUUCUGAGUUUAUUUUUCCCGGAACAUCAGCUUUGGCACAAGAUAAAGCUGUGUUAGUCAGACAAACUUAUGCAGAAAACUUGUCACUGCUGGCUGAAACCGCUCUAAGAUUUUUAAACAGUUCUAAAUUUGAUCAAAGCAGUAAUUAUAUUUCCACUGGAAGUAAUUAUCAACCUGGUUACGAUAACCAACUACAGAACUUACAUGAAACUGUUCAGGAAAGCGUUCAGGCUCUUUUCAGUGACAAUGACAGUACUGUUCGACAAUGUUUACUAGAACACUCUGUUGCGAAGCUUUGUAAUUUCUUCGGUCGGCAAAGAUGCAACGAUGUCAUUUUGAGUCACAUGAUCACUUUUCUCAAUGAUAAACAAGAUUGGCAAUUGCGAUCUGCAUUUUUUGACAGUCUCGUACAGGUUGCAAUGUAUAUCGGAUGGCAAUGUACUGUUAUACUGAAACCGCUAUUACAACAAGGUCUGAAUGACAGCGAAGAAUUUGUGAUUGGUCAAACACUAAAUGCUUUAACAUCUCUGACUAAAGUUAAAUUGUUAUCGAAACAAAUGACAUUCGAGUUACUGCGUGAAACAAUUCCAUUGCUUCAACAUCCUUGCAAAUGGAUUCGAUUUAACACUGUUGGUUUCAUAUCUGCAAGUUCUAAAUCAAUGAAUAUUGUUGAUCUACAUUGUCAUGUACUGCCAAAACUUGAUGCAUACUUAACAGAUCCCAUUAUCCAGCCUGACAGUGAAUCUAGUUUAUUAUCAGUUCUUAAACCUGGUGUUCAAAGACAGUUGUAUGAACUAGUGCUUUCAUCCUCUCACAUCGGAACAUUUCUAAAUCACCUGCAAGCUAGAAAAAUGCAAAGACAUUCAUAUCGUAAAGGUGAAGAAGUAAUCUAUGAUGAUGUACCAGAAGGUAUUGUUUCACAAACAUUCCAUAAACUAAAAUCUCACGGUUUAGAACAUGAAGAUGAAGAAAAAUUGUUGAAUUUGUGUGAAUUUUUACAAAGACAAAGUCGACAUCGAGCAACACUAGCUGGUAUUAAUACAAUCGAUUCCAAUAGUUUUCAUUCCAAGAUGACACAGAUGGGUCAACUAGAUGUUGCAUUACUAGGGGAGGUUACAAGAAGACAUGCUGAAUUAGUGAAACCAGCUGAUGAAAUCAGUGCAAAACAAAGUAAGAAAACACCUGUGAGAAAGAAACCUGCUCAAGAUGAAACCUUCCAGAGUGGAAUGAAUGAAGAAUGGAAAAGUAUGUUUGGUGAAAACGCUCGUCCUGCAACAGAAAAUACAGGAAAGAAGAAAGCAGAGCUAAAGAAACAAAAUUUAGCGGAUGCUCCCAUUUCUAUGUCACAGCUGGAAGGUGUUCCAGUACCGGCUAUAAAACAGGCAAAAGUGAAGCCACCAAAUAUUCAGCUAAAAUAUACAAGUUGCAAACUGAAUCUCAGAAAGUUAGUUCAUCAUAAAAGAAAUAUGUACCUGGAAGAUGUGAAACAAAGGGAAUUGGAAGAGAGCAUUUCCAACAGUAGCAUCAUACCUGAAGUAUGGAGACCUCGUGGUCAGUUGAUUGCACAUAUGGUUGAGCACCAUGGACCAAUUCACCGUAUUGCGGUCAGUCCUUCCAAUGACCAUUUUGCCACUGUAUCUUCCGACAAAACAUUGAAAUUAUGGGAUUGUGAAAAACUUGCUGGGAAAGCUGUCAUAAACCAAUCUAAAGCGACAUAUGGAAGGAUAGGUGAAAAACUAUAUCGCGUCACAUUUUGCGGCGAUGACAAAGUUGUCUGUUCAACGGAGAGUGGAGGAAUUCAUUGCAUAGAUAUUGAAACAUUGACGUCAAGGACAGCAGCAAACGCAUCUGAGAACGUUUUUUCACCGAACAUGAAUGACAUGAGCAGAGUAAUGGAUAUAACUGCAUUUUACAAAUCACCCGUUAUUGUUUGCAUCACUGCCCAUGGAAGUAUAGAUAUCUGGGACAUGAGGGAGAAAAGCUUGUCUUGCACCCUGCAGCAUGAUUUGCAUGAUGGUCUAAUGACAUCAUUGGUGGUCGAUCCAAAGCAGCAUUGGUUAUGUGUGGCAACUGUCAGUGGGAAGCACAUUUGCUGGGACUUGAGAUUUUGUUUGCCAAUUACCCAUGUUACUCACCCAUCAGCAGCUGGUGUACGAAGAAUGGCAAUUCACCCUUCCCAGCCAUCCUGUGUGAUAUCUGCUGUUACAGGAAAUAAUGAAGUUACUUUGUGGGAUCUUGAAACUUCCUCACGAAACAUGACAUUGUGGGCAAGUACGGCACCUGCCAUGUCAUUGCGGCAGAAAAGCCAGGAUUCUGUUAAUGGAUUACUUGUUACGCAACAUGAAAAUGAUGUUAAUAUAUAUACUGCAGGAACAGAUUCUGUUAUAAGGUUGUGGGACAUGAACAAACCAGUUAAUUCCAAAAUAUUGUCUGAACCUUCUCAUCAGUCAACAACAUCUGUUAGUUAUGAUUUGAGAAGAGUUGAAGGAACAGAUGUCAUUCAGGAACAUGUAACCAAAGCAAAAAGCGCUGGAGGUUCUACAGCAUCAGCAGCAGAAUCUGGACCUGAGCUUCGCAGUAAUGGCGUUGAAACUUGUCAUCGUGAUGUGAUUACAGACAUGGCAAUGUUCAGAGUGAAUCAAACAAUGCUUGUGUCUGCAUCUCGUGAUGGUGUUGUAAAGAUAUGGAAGUGAUUGCAAUGAUUUCUUAACUUGGCAUUUGAACUGUGGUGUUUUUUACAUACAUUAUAGAACUGAGAAUAAAGAGUUGAAAGAAGCCCAUGUUCCUAAAUGCUGUUUAAUAAUCAGCAGUUAUAAUGACUAAGUUUUCACUUAAAGAAGAAAUCAGAAAUUAGUACCAUGCGAUACUAAAUUAUCAAUAAUAAUAUUUCCGUUGGUCAGCAAUUUAUUGCAGGUAUGGGCUAUUAUCUAGCUUAAUUUUGGCUAUGUUGUGUUUGUAUAUUGACAUUAUGUUGUUGCGAUUUUCAUGAUUCUCUGAAUUAGUGCAAUAUUAUUAUUUUAAUCCAAAACGUUGAUUUAGUGUACUUUUUCUCCAGAAUACAUUAUUGUACCUUAUGCCAGUUAUUGUAUACCACUAUUCUGUAGCGUUUGUAGAUUAGGCUUGCAUGAGCCGAGCGCAAAUACUUGGAAACGCUCUUGAGCGUUAGGUACGAAGCGAACCAGCCUUGAUAUCUAUUCGUAGCAUCAAACUAAUUGGGAAUAACAGUUAUUCAAAUCGGUAGGUGACUCUGUUAAUUUUGAAAGUUGUGUUUUAAUAAAGCGUGAAUUUAAACUAUGCUAAAUAGUAGGCAAUUAAAUUUCAGUUACAUAG